AUGUCCAAGAGGCUAAAAGAACGCGGUAUCGAACCGACGGAAGAACAGAGACAAUUGUUUGAGAGUUUUUUCGAAUCAUUGAUUCGUAAUGUCGCGAAUAAUCUUGUCGAACAAAGAAAAGUUUAUGAAAUGGACGAAGAAAUCCGACGACAGGACGAACUUGAGAAAGAGCAAAUGAUAAGGAGAACAUUACAGAUGCAGAUCAUGGAGUUAUACAAGAUCUAG